AUGUCGCGCGAUGAAAGUGCAACAGACCGUUCUUGCAAGUACAACUGGAUUGAUGGUGCAGAGUCACUUGAGAAAUAUAAACCCGGCGGCUAUCAUCCUAUCGUGAUAGGAGAUAUGUUACACGAGCGAUACCGCAUUGUAGACAAGCUAGGUUUUGGCGGCUAUUCGACUGUUUGGCUCGCCCGGGACACUCACUUAGGGCGCUACGUUGCUAUCAAAGUCGGCAUCGCAGAUGCACUUGCGCAUGAAGUCAAGAUUCUUCGAGUUCUAUCUGCACCACUGCCGUCACCGUCAUCCUUACACCCAGGGCGCAAUUCGAUCUCUUUUCCUCUUGAUGAAUUCAAGUUGCAUGGUCCAAAUGGAACACAUCCAUGCUACACUAUGAUUCCCGCACGAUGCAAUCUCAGAGAGGUCUCUUUCAGUCGCCUAUUUCCUAUUGAGGUUACUCGGGCGCUAUCAGGUGGGCUUACGCUGGCUCUUGCGUAUACUCAUUCAAGAGGCUAUGUUCAUGGAGAUGUUCAUCUCCGAAAUGUCCUAGUCAAACUCCCAUCAAGCUUCGAUCAGCUUUCGGUUGAGCAACUGUAUGAAAAAUACGGUGAGCCUGAGACAAUCCCCAUAACACGAUACGACGGAGAACCGCUUCCGCCCAACAUCCCGACGACGGCAGUAAUACCGCUCUACCUUGGUAAAGACGCGGAAAAAUUCUCAUUAGCAGACGCGCGCGUGCUUCUUAGUGAUUUUGGCGAAGCAUUUGCCCCGGCGUCAGAGUUUCGUCGUGGGGAAGAUUGCCAUACCCCGCUGGCUAUGCGGCCCCCUGAAGCCCGAUUCGAACCGCAGACCGCGCUCUCUUAUUCAGCAGAUAUUUGGAGUCUGGCCACAACAAUCUGGGAGAUUCUUGGCAUGAAGGCCAUUUUCAACAGCGAGUUUGCGACUGCGGAUGAGGUAGUGUCUCAGCAAAUCGAUGUGCUUGGACCCAUGCCCUCAAGCUGGUGGAAGCGCUGGGAAGAACGGAGCCAAUUUUUCGAUGAGAAUGGGCAUCCAAAGGAGGGUCGGUAUGUGUGGCCUCUGAUUGACAAAGCAUUUGAGGAAGGUGUGCAGAUGUAUCGACGGAAGCGUAAAGUAGGUGAGUUUGAUGAGGAAGAAUCGGCCGCUAUUCUUGACUUAAUGCGCCGAAUGCUGGCAUUUCGGCCGGAAGAGCGACCAACAGCUGAAGAGGUCCUUCAGUCCGAGUGGAUGCUCAAGUGGGUGUUGCCUGAUUUCGAGCGGAGUUUAAAAUCCACCUCUUUGGAAAGCUCCAAGGAGACAUGA